AAAAAAAAAAAAGUAAACUGAAAAAUAUGGCUUCAUCAAGGUUUCAACUUGUUGCUCUUUUCGUCAUCUUCUCUCUCGUUAUUACUGUCCAAUCGGAAAAGGAGAUAAUAGACGGACCAUGCCGCUUAAGAGGAACGUGCACCAACGACAGGGACUGCGACACCCAUUGCCACAAGAGCACCGACCCUUCAGCCAUGGUAGGGCUCUGCCUCUUCGACAAACCCACCGGUCCUGUUUGUUGCUGCUUAUUUGAUUAAAUCAUCAUAUACAUCUAUUUUUUUCUUCUACAAAUCUCUAUCGUAUGAUCGUAUUUUUUCUUAACUAAUGAUGUGAAGAUUUAAAAUUAAUAAAAAAAUAUUACGUCCCAAUUAUUUGAAGGUUUAAAAAAAGAAGUGAUUUUGUGUUUCUUAUUAUUUGUUUUCUUGUUUGCCAUAUUGACUGACACUUGUAUGUCAUGAGAGUCUUAUAAUUUGUAUAAGAAUGGCUAAAUGUGAACAAACGUAUUAUGUAUCCCCUAUAUAAUAUUU